AUGCCAUAUGAGAAGAGAACCACUGCCAAAUCAACGCCUUUACCAUUUAUAUACCAGUUCACCGCUGGCGCCAUCGCAGGAGUGUCAGAGGUACUUGUGAUGUAUCCACUGGAUGUUGUUAAGACCAGGAUGCAACUACAGAGCAAUGUAGCAGGUAAAGUGCAUUAUACCGGUUUAGUUGACUGUCUGGGGAAGAUAGUGAGACAAGAAGGUUGGAAAACAUUAUAUCGUGGUAUAACAUCACCAAUAUUGAUGGAAGCACCAAAGCGUGCCACUAAAUUUGCAUUUAAUGAGAAAUUUGUCAAUUUAUAUUCUCAAAUGUUCAAGACUUGGAAUAAGCAGUACAUAUGUGUAGUGAGUGGUGCGUCUGCGGGUGUUAUUGAGGCGACGGUGAUUGUACCAUUUGAGUUGGUCAAAGUCCGCAUGCAAGAUAUUAAUAGUAAAUUUAAGUCUCCAUUGGACGCUUUAAAGCGGAUAGUUAAACAGGAUGGUCUCUUAGGGAUGUACGGUGGAUUAGAAUCCACCAUGUUGAGGCAUGCCUUUUGGAAUGCAGGAUAUUUUGGUAUCAUAUAUCAAGUGCGGAAUACUCUUGGUACUGACAAGAAAAGUACGUGGAAUGAUCUUAUUGCAGGUACGAUAGGUGGUACAAUGGGGUGUAUAUUGAAUACACCAUUUGAUGUGGUGAAGUCUAGGGUACAGAGUCAACAUAAUGUGACCAAAUUGGCAAAUGGACAAUUGGUGAAGAAAUAUGAUUGGGCCAUUCCAUCUGUCAUGAAGAUAUAUCGAGAGGAAGGAUUUAGGGCAUUGUAUAAAGGCUUUACACCAAAGAUUGCAAGGUUAGGCCCCGGCGGGGGGAUUUUGCUUAUUGUAUUUGGAGCAGUGACUGAUUUAUUCCAAGAAAUGAGAUUAGCAUAA